AUGGAUUCAUUAAUAUCAGAUAUGUCGAUAAGCAAAUCUGAAGGAAUUACGUGUAAUGAUCAAAACCGUAGAACCACUUGGGAGGGCUGCAGUGUCUUGCUUGACAUAAAUGAUGGCGAUCGAGUGCUUUUUGCUCGUCUCACUGCUGGCUCGAAAAUAAAAAUUGGAAACAAGAAUUUAUCACUUCAGCCUUUGAUUGGGUGUCCUUUUGGGUCUUCCUUUCAAGUGAAGGAUGGCAAAGAAGGGCCAGUUUUAUCCCGUGUUUUGCAAUCUACUGAAGGUAAUAAUCUUCAAAUCAUGGAGGAGUCCAGAGAUAACCGAAUGUUGGUUGAUAAUAACAGUGCCCAGAGUCUCACUGGUGAAGAUAUAGAUGAGAUGCGAAGAAAGGGAGCGUCUGGGGAUGAAAUAGUUAAAGCCCUUGUUGCAAAUAGUGCAACAUUCGAGAAGAAAACAGCCUUUUCACAGGAAAAAUAUCUGCUUAAAAAGCAGAAGAAAUAUGCGCCAAGAGUACUUCUAAGACGUCCUUUUGCACGAAGCAUAUGCGAGGCAUACUUCAAAAAGCAUGCUGAGAGAAUUGGGUUUUUGCGGGUGGACACAUUAUCCAUUCUGCUUUCUUUGGCUAAUGUUAGUGCAUACUCAGAUGUACUUCUAGUUGAUAUGCUUGAUGGUAUUGUUACUGGUGCUGUGGCAGAACGCUUGGGAGGUACUGGUUAUGUGUGCAAUACAUAUCGCGGAGUCGCACCAUAUCCAAUUAAUAUUGUACAGAUGUUCAAUUUCAAUAAUGACAUAUGCCAAAGGAUUGUGCACUCUUCGGUAGCUGAACUGCAUCCCUAUGAAAAUGGAACUUCACCAUCAAAUGAUCAACUUGAAGAUGCCAGUGAUAUAAGAAGCCAACAAAAUGAACAAAUCUUAUCUCCUUCAGCUCGAAAUGCUGUCAGCAUGGAAGAAAAUGAAGAUGGGAAUAUGGAAAUCAUGACUGAUGUUGCUGCUUCUCCAAAGGUUAAAAAAGGUACAAAGGCUGGUCAGAAAGCACCAGUCGAGGCCAUUAAGUUAUGGAAGGAAAAUGGAUUUUCCAGUUUGAUAAUCGCUGCUCCAAACCUGGAUCCAUGGGGUAUUGUAAAAGAAGUCCUUUCACUUCUAUCCUAUUCUGCAUCAUUUGCUAUUUACCAUCAGUAUCUUCAGCCUCUAGCCACAUGCAUGAACAAUCUACAGGCAGAGAAAAUGGCCAUAGGCUUGCAAAUUUCUGAGCCUUCGCUACGUGAAUAUCAGGUUCUUCCAUCAAGAACUCAUCCACACAUGCAGAUGAGUGCAACAGGGGGCUAUAUACUGAGUGGCACUCGGAUAAGCGGCAGUGAUCAGACCCAAACAAUGGCAGAGGCGGGCAGUAAGGAGGAUUCGAACUCACCGCCUCCAACCCCACUUCCCGCUGAUUUCCUCCCCCCAGUCCACCCUCGCCGCGGUGAUAAUUUGAACCUUAAUCUGAGCUUAACUUUGCCGGUAUCGCAAAUGCACUUAGGAACACAGUCGCAUUCGCCGGUGCCGCGCGUCAUGCCUUCUUAUCGUAAAAGACUGAACCCUUUCAUUCCAUCCCCCAACUCGAAAAACUCGAAUAUAAUCACUCCUAAUAAUAUAACUAAUUAUUGCAACGACAGUACUCACUCUCGUAUCUCUUGCAUUCCGGAUUCAAAGCCGCACCCUGUGCUUCAAAACAUUACGGAUCUUCAAGUUACAAAACCUGCGGUAUUUGAACUUGGUCGUGAAUUAAUUAGUGAAGGACCCAGUUACUAUCCUGCUAAAGUCUCUGGGCAAUCAAAUGAACUUGGAAACUUUGAAGCUAAUACAAGAGGAAAUGGGACUACUCAAAUUCAUAACACGGCCAAAACGGUCAACAAUUUUUCACAUGGAACUGAAACUUGUGUUGAUGCUAGACCAAGUGCCAGACGUAAAGCUUCAAGGCUUGGGAAACCUGUUAUUAAGGAAGAAAACUUGGAACCUUUUGAUAACUUGAAUCUGGCUGCCUGCUGUCGGUAUGACAGUUCUUUAGGCUUGUUAACAAAGAAAUUUAUCAAGUUGAUCCAGGAGGCUGAGGAUGGUACUCUUGAUCUAAACAGAACUGCUGAAGUUUUGGAGGUCCAGAAGAGGCGAAUUUAUGACAUUACCAAUGUUCUUGAAGGCAUAGGUCUAAUAGAGAAAACUGCUAAGAAUCACAUACGCUGGAAAGGAUCUGGGAUAUUUGGACCAAGAGAGCUGCAUGAUCAAGUGUCUCAAUUGAAGGCUGAAGUUGAACGUCUAUAUGCCGAAGAACGUCGGAUUGAUAAUAACAUAAGGGACAAACUAGAUCAUCUAUCAGAACUGGGAUCUGAUCAGAAUUGCCAAAAGAAUCUUUUUCUGACUGGAGACGAUCUCAUGAGCCUUCCAUGUUUUAGGAAUAAAACUGUCAUCGUCGUUAAAGCUCCCCGUGCUAGUUGUAUAGAAGUUCCUGAUCCAGAUGAGGACACUGGUUUCUCACAGAAGCAUUACAGACUUACGUUACGAAGCCUUGAUGGACCAAUCGACGUAUAUCUCUUGAGCAAAAGUGAAAAGAAUGAUGACAUAUCUGUCAAUCGCACAAAAUUAUUGGAUGCUUCAACGAGCUCACAAUCAGCUGAUUUUCACAAAAUAAUUCCAUUGGAUGAUGAUAGGGAUAAUGAUUACUGGUUGAAAUCAGAUCAUGAGGUCAGUGCAAUGGAUAUGUGGGGUAAAGAAGAUUGUUAG